CUGCUGGAAGGAGGAAAGCCUUAGCUGUGAUGCCGCUGGAUGAUGGCUGCUUUCGGGAUCUUAAGUUACGAACACCGUCCAUUAAAGCGGCCCCGACUUGGCCCUCCGGACGUUUAUCCGCAAGAUCCAAAGCAAAAAGAGGAUGAGUUGACUGCAUUGAAUGUGAAGCAAGGAUUCAAUAACCAGCCAGCUGUGUCUGGUGAUGAACAUGGCAGUGCAAAAAAUGUCAACUUCAACCCCUCCAAGAUCAGCUCAAACUUCAGCAGCAUUAUUGCAGAGAAGCUGCGUUACAACACGUUUCCAGACACAGGGAAGCGUAAACCACAGGUCAACCAGAAGGAUAAUUUCUGGCUCGUCACAGCGAGGUCACAGAGCUCCAUCAAUAACUGGUUCAUUGAUUUAGCUGGGACUAAACCGCUAACACAGCUGGCUAAAAAGGUACCGAUCUUUAGCAAAAAAGAGGAGGUUUUUGGAUACUUGGCCAAGUACUCAGUCCCUGUGAUGCGUUCAGCAUGGAUGAUUAAGAUGACCUGCGCAUAUCAUGCAGCUAUCACAGAAACUAAAGUCAAGAAGAGGCAUGUGAUUGAUCCUUGUAUAGAAUGGACCCAAAUCAUUACCAAGUAUCUUUGGGAGCAGCUUCAGAAGGUGGCUGAGUAUUACAGACAAUUUCCCAGUCAAGGCUGCAGCUCACCCCUGCCAGCUAUGCCUCCUGAUGUGGAGACGGCCAUGAAGCAGUGGGAGUACAACGAGAAGCUGGCUAUGUUCAUGUUUCAGGAUGGGAUGUUAGACAGACAUGAGUUCCUGACAUGGGUGCUGGAGUGUUUUGAGAAGGUCCGACCUGGUGAAGAUGAGCUUCUCAGACUUCUUCUGCCCCUUUUACUACAGUACUCAGGGGAAUUUGUACAGUCUGCUUACUUGUCACGAAGACUGGCUUACUUCUGCACACGCCGUCUCAACUUGUUGCUAAGUGAUGGGAGCCUGGGCCCCGGCACAGGAGGGCAUCCAGCUCACGGCAUCUUGACGCAGCAAAGCAACGCUCUGCCCCCGACACCAACCUCCCAGCCAGCAGGAGGGAACCAGCCCCAGACACCAUUUACAGAUUUCUACAUCUGUCCGCAGCACAGGCCUCUGGUGUUUGGCCUCAGCUGCAUGUUACAGAGCAUAGUGUUGUGCUGUCCCAGUGCUCUGGUGUGGCAUUACUCUUUAACAGACAGCAGAAACAAGACUGGUUCCCCUCUGGACCUCCUGCCCAUUGCUCCUUCCAGCUUGCCAAUGCCAGGAGGCAAUACUUCCUUUACACAGCAGGUUCGUGCAAAGUUGCGAGAAAUUGAGGAGCAAAUUAAGGAGCGGGGCCAGGCAGUGGAGUUCAGGUGGUCAUUUGAUAAGUGCCAGGAGACCACAGCAGGGUUCACCAUUGGAAGGGUUCUUCACACUUUGGAGGUUUUAGACAACCACAGCUUUGAGAAGUCUGACUUUAACAACUCCUUGGAUUCACUGUACAACAGGAUAUUUGGUUCAGGCCAGAGUAAAGAUGGCCACGAGAUGUCACCUGAUGAUGAUGCAGUGGUGACCUUACUAUGUGAAUGGGCAGUGUGCUGUAAGCGUUCAGGCAGACACAGGGCCAUGGUUGUGGCCAAGCUGCUUGAAAAGAGGCAGGCCGAAAUAGAAGCAGAGAGGUGUGGCGAGUCGGAGGUGGUGGAUGAGAAGGGCUCUGUAUCAUCGGGCUCCCUGUCAGCUGCCACACUGCCGGUCUUUCAGGAUGUGCUGCUGCAGUUUCUCGAUACUCAGGCCCCCACCCUGACGGAGCCUGGGAAUGAAAGUGAACGCGUGGAGUUCUCCAACUUAGUCCUUCUCUUCUGUGAGCUCAUCCGUCACGACGUCUUUUCCCACAAUAUCUACAUGUGCACGCUCAUUUCCCGUGGCGAUUUGGCUUCUGACUCCCACCUGCCGCGCCCACGUUCACCCAGUGAUGAGCCCUCUGAUGAAUCAGAGCGCAAAGAGCAGGAUGCAGGCAGCAGUGCCAAGAUGGAGGAUACUGGCCUGUCAGAGUCAAUGGAAAUCGAUCACAACUCCAGUGCUAAUUUUGAUGAGAUGUUUUCACCUCCAAUGCACUGUGAAACCAAGGGGAGCCCCUCCCCCGAGAAGGUGGUUACAGAUCCGGACAGCAAGGCCAGCUGUAAGGACAAGGGCGUGGACCCUGCCUUUCCUCAACUGUAUGAGCAACCCCGCCAUAUCCAGUAUGCCACUCACUUCCCUAUUCCUCAGGAGGAAAGCGCCAGUCAUGAAUGCAACCAGCGUUUAGUGGUCCUCUACGGUGUGGGCAAACUGAGAGAUGAGGCGAGACACACCAUCAAGAAAAUUACCAAAGACAUCCUGAAGGUGCUAAACCGAAAAAGCACAGCAGAAACAGGAGGGGAGGAAGGACAAAAAAGGAAGAGGAGUAAGCCAGAGGCCUUUCCCACUGCAGAGGAUAUCUUCUCCAAAUUCCAGCACCUCUCCCACUUUGACCAGCACCAGGUCACCUCCCAGGUGUCCAGAAAUGUGUUGGAACAGAUCACCAGCUUUGCCUUAGGGAUGUCCUAUCACCUGCCUCUCGUCCAGCACAUUCAGUUCAUCUUUGACCUCAUGGAGUACUCCCUUAACAUUAGUGGCCUCAUAGAUUUUGCUGUUCAGCUUCUGAAUGAGUUGAGUCUGGUGGAAGCCGAGCUGCUGCUAAAGUCAUCCAGCCUGGUGGGGAGCUACACCACCAGCCUGUGUCUGUGUAUUGUAGCUGUGCUGAGGAGGUACCACUCCUGCCUCAUCCUCAAUCCUGAGCAGACAGCACAGGUUUUCGAUGGGUUGCGCAUUGUGGUGAAGUCUGGUGUGAACCCAGCAGACUGUUCCUCUGCUGAGCGCUGCAUCCUGGCCUACCUGUAUGAUCUCUGCACCUCUUGCAGUCACCUUAAGAAUAAGUUUGGUGAGAUACGAGAUAGUGAGUUUUGCUCUAAAGUGAAAAACUCCAUCUACUGCAAUAUCGACCCGUCAGAUUCCAACAUGCUUUGGGAUCCUAUGUUCAUGAUGGAAGCUAUAGCCAACCCAUCAGCCAACAACUUCAAUCACUCUAUGGUGGGCAAAAUCCUGAAUGACAGCGCAGCCAACCGCUACAGCUUCGUCUGUAAUGUGCUAAUGGACGUGUGCGUGGACCACCGAGACCCAGAGAGGGUGAACGAUAUUGGGAUCUUGUGUGCAGAGCUGACAGCGUAUUGUCGCUCCCUGAGUGCUGAGUGGCUCGGCAUUCUCAAGGCUCUUUGCUGCUCCUCUAACAAUGGCAACUGUGGCUUCAAUGACUUGCUGUGUAAUGUUGAUGUUAGCGAUUUGUCCUUCCACGAUUCUCUGGCAACCUUCGUAGCCAUUCUCAUUGCCAGACAGUGCUUGCUCCUUGAAGACCUGGUUCGCUGUGUUGCCAUUCCUUCCCUCCUCAAUGCAGCCUGCAGUGAACAAGACUCUGAGCCAGGAGCCAGACUGACCUGCAGAAUUCUGCUGCAUCUUUUCAAGACACCACAGCGCAACCCCGUGCCCCAAGAUGGUGUGAAGUCAGAGAAGGCUUCAGUUGGUAUCCGGUCGUCUUGUGAUCGCCACCUUCUUGCUGCUUCUCAGAACAGCAUAGUUGUUGGAGCUGUAUUUGCUGUCCUCAAAGCUGUGUUUAUGCUUGGUGACGCUGAGUUAAGAGGCUCAGGGCUGUCGCACCCCGCAGGCCUCGACGACAUAUCAGAGGGACGCAAUGUUUCGAUUGAAACAGCCAGCUUGGAUGUAUAUGCAAAGUAUGUUUUGAAGACCAUCUGCCAGCAGGAAUGGGUUGGAGAACGCUGCCUGAAGUCACUGUCUGAGGACAGCAGUGCCCUCCAGGACCCGGUGCUGGUAAACAUUCAAGCCCAACGGCUGCUGCAGCUUAUUUGUUAUCCUCACCGCCAGCUGGACAGCGAUGAUGGUGACAACCCUCAGAGGCAGCGUAUCAAACGCAUCCUCCAGAAUAUGGACCAAUGGACAAUGAGACAGUCAUCUCUGGAGCUGCAGCUGAUGAUCAAACAGAGCACCAACAAUGAACUCUACUCUCUCUUGGAGAACAUAGCCAAGGCCACUAUAGAGGUGUUCCAGAAAUCAGCAGAGAUGAACUCUAAUAACCCCUCAGGGAAUGGUGCAGCAGUGCAAGGAGGCUCUGCAUCCAAUAACAACAGCACCACAAGCAAGAUGAAGCCCAUUUUAAGCUCAUCAGAGCGAUCAGGUGUUUGGCUCGUGGCUCCGUUGAUAGCCAAGCUGCCCACCUCAGUCCAGGGCCAUGUGCUGAAGGCAGCAGGAGAGGAGCUGGAGAAAGGACAGCACCUCGGCUCUUCCUCACGUAAGGAGAGAGACAGGCAGAAACAGAAAAGUAUGUCUCUGCUGAGCCAGCAACCAUUCCUGUCUUUGGUCCUGACCUGCUUAAAGGGGCAGGAUGAACAGAGAGAAGGCCUCCUCACCUCCCUCUACAGCCAGGUGCAGCAGAUUGUCACCAACUGCAGAGAAGACCAGUACCAAGAUGACUGCAAGGCAAAGCAAAUGAUGCAUGAGGCUCUGAAGCUACGACUGAAUCUUGUUGGUGGCAUGUUUGACACGGUGCAGCGCAGCACCCAGCAGACCACUGAGUGGGCGGUACUGCUCCUUGACAUCAUCAGCAGCGGCACAGUGGACAUGCAGUCCAAUAACGAGCUCUUCACAACAGUACUGGACAUGUUGAGUGUACUGAUUAAUGGCACACUGGCUGCUGACAUGUCCAGCAUCUCUCAGGGCAGCAUGGAAGAAAAUAAGAGAGCGUACAUGAACCUGGUUAAGAAGCUCAGGAAAGAGCUUGGAGAUCGGCAGUCAGAAAGUUUGGAAAAGGUUCGCCAGCUUCUGCCGCUGCCCAAGCAAACCCGUGAUGUCAUAACCUGUGAACCUCAGGGCUCGCUGAUAGACACAAAGGGCAACAAGAUUGCUGGCUUUGAGAAGGAGGGUCUUCAAGUAUCUACCAAACAAAAGAUUUCUCCGUGGGAUGUUUUUGAGGGUCUGAAACACUCUGCCCCUCUCUCCUGGGGCUGGUUUGGUACUGUACGUGUGGACCGUAAGGUCACUAAAUUUGAGGAGCAGCAGCGAUUCCUCCUUUAUCACACCCACCUGAAGCCCAAACCACGUAGCUAUUACUUGGAAUCACUCCCCCUACCCCCUGAAGAGGAGGAGCCCCUGACACCUGUAUCACAAGAACCGGAGAAGAUGAUGGACACCGUGAAGCCAGAGAAGAAUGUACCCACUGUACCAUCUGACUCCAACAAGAAGAAAUCCAAGAAAAAGAAAACUCCUUCUGCCAAAACAGAGGACUAUAUGAACCGAACAGCAGGCGCUGUGACCUAUGUGCCUAAUAUGGGACCAGAGUUGAUGCAGAACCCUCCAUAUGGCAGGCUACCUUAUCCGAAUCAGACUAUAUUCACACAGAGCCAGCCUCUACCUCCAGGUCAGCUCACAGGAGGUCCAGGUUUAGAUCCUCCAUACAGACCUACCCGCAACCAGCCAGUGAACAAAAUGCCCGCUCGGGCUAGCUAUCCAACCAUGAUGCCCGGCAUCCCAGGAAACAUGGGUGGUAUGAUGGUACCGGACAAACAGUACCAAAUGAAUUAUAAGCCUACCCCCAUGCCACAAAGCCAGAUGCUGCGACAGCAACUGCAGGUCAGACUGAAUCAAAGCAUGAUGGGGCAGCAGAUUAGACAAAUGCCACCGAACCAACAAUAUACUACAAUGCAAGCAUCUCAGAAUGUGCCUCAGCCCUACACAUACGCAUCACACAUGGGCAUGCAGCAGCAUCCAUCCCAAAGUGUUGGUAUAGUACCUUCCUCCUAUGGCAACCAAAAUUUCCAGGGCACCCAUCCUGGAGCCAACCCUGCUGUAGUGGAUCCUCUAAGGCAGAUGCAACAGAGGCCAAGUGGGUAUGUUCUCCAGCAGGCCCCAGGCUACCAACAGAGUAUACAGAACACACCGAGGUUUGCCCACCAGCAACUCCAGCAGAAUCCUAUCAUGCACAGUCUCAGUCACAUGGGAGGCCAAGCUGUCCACCCAAGCAUGAGGCCCAAUCAGAUGUUGGCAGAACAGCAGCAGCAGCAGCAACAGGCAGCACAGCAGCAGUACCUCAGACAGCAGGCACUCAGAGCACAAGUUCAACAACAACAACAACAACAACAGCAGCAGCAGCAGCAACAACAGCAACAACAACAGCAGCAGCAGCAGCAGCAGGUCCAACCACAGCAGGUUCCUCCUCAACAGCAAGUUCCACAGCAGCAACAGCAGCAGGUGUCGGCGGUGCCUCCACCAGGCCAGGCGCAGAACCAGGGCCUGAGCAUGCAGCCGCUGCCACCGCAACAACCCAUGUUCCCAAGACAGGGAAUGCAGCAGACUCAGCAGCAGCAGCAGACUGCAGCUCUGGUCAGACAGCUGCAACAACAACUAUCAAGUACACAACCAUCACAGGGCACCAACUCUUAUUACUGAUCAUGCUUGUUCGUAGUGGUGUGCAGUGUGGAGGCCCGGCUCUGUGAAUAGGGGAAAUGAAUGUGUCCCAGUCCCAUGAAGGCAGUUAGGAGGGACAAUUAUU